UCUCCCCUUUCCCUAAAGCGUCGUCGGCUGCUACUGCCUCGCGCCUUCCCUCCUCUUCCCCUCUCCCCUCCCCUCCUCCCACCGCACGAGCUCGGGAGCUCGGGAGAAGGCUGCUGACGAGGUCCUACCUACAGGUUACCGCUCGCUAGCCGCCGCCUCUGCGACCGUGUGCCGAUUUUGCGCGCGCGGCGAUGCCCGUGCCUGGUUGGUGGCCCGGCAAGUUCAGGCCCAAGUCCAAGCCCAAGCCCGGCGCGGCCACCGUCUCCGCGGCGUCAUCGCCGCGCAAGUCCGUCGACCUCGACUACCCGUCCCCGUCGCCGACCCCCCGGGCGAGGGAGAAGGCCCGCAGCCUCGACUCCCCGGCCACGCGACAUGCUGCCUCUGGCGGCGGAAGCGGCGGCCGGUGCGGCGGCCGGUGCGGCGCUGGAGUUGGGGUGGUGCAGUACAAGCUCCCGGUGCCUGUAAUUGAGCCGGACCCGGAGACCCUGGCUGCGGGGUCUCUGUGCGAGGAGGCCGGUGAGGGCUGCUGCUCGGUGUCCGGGUCCAGCGUGUGCUCUUCGUCCGAUGAGGCGGCGGAUCACCAUGUGUCUAGGUCUAUCGAUCCGGUUGCCUUUGCCAAGGGAAGAAACAUGCCAUCUGACACACAUAGGAUCUUAAAUGAAGACAAGCAAUACAUGUCUUGUAGUAUGCCACGGGAGCAUCAGAGCUUCUUUGAGGUGCCCAUCUCUAAUGUGCGAGAACUGCAUUUGCACAAUGAUGACCCUUCAACUAGUGGAACCAGCUCACGGGGCAGAAUGUUGUCUGAGGAUGUAUUUGGUCCAAGAACGAGAAGCCCUUCACCUGGGCGAAAAGGCCGUAACUUUACUAUGAAUAAUGUACAUUCAAGAGAAUUUGGGUUUAGCCCAAGGUCGCCAUUGAAAAUGAUGGAUGGGUUGAGGAGCCCACCUCAUCCCUUGCCUCUUCCUCCAGCUUCUGGUGCUUGUUCACCUCUACCUCCAUCGCCCACUGCUUGCUCACCUCUUCCUCCAUCUCCCACUGCUUGCUUACAAUUCCAAUCACAGUGGAAAAGGGGGAAAUUGUUAGGGAGUGGCACAUUUGGCCAGGUUUACCUUGGAUUUAACAGUGAAAAUGGGCAAUUUUGUGCGAUUAAAGAAGUACAAGUUAUUUCAGAUGAUCCACAUUCGAAGGAACGACUCAAGCAACUAAAUCAGGAAAUAGAUAUGCUUAAGCAACCAUCGCACCCAAACAUUGUGCAAUACUAUGGAAGUGAGAUGACUGAGGACACACUUUCAAUUUAUCUUGAGUACGUUUCUGGGGGCUCAAUUCAUAAGUUACUUAGGGAGUAUGGCCCUUUUAAGGAACCUGUGAUUCGCAAUUAUACUGGUCAAAUUCUCUCUGGUCUUGCGUAUUUGCAUGGGAAGAACACUGUCCACAGAGACAUUAAAGGAGCAAACAUACUUGUUGGCCCUAAUGGUGAAGUUAAACUUGCUGACUUCGGCAUGGCUAAGCAUAUAUCAUCUUUUGCUGAAAUACGCUCUUUUAAAGGAAGCCCUUACUGGAUGGCUCCUGAGGUUAUUAUGAAUAGUAAAGGUUACAGUCUAGCUGUCGACAUUUGGAGUUUGGGGUGUACAAUUAUUGAAAUGGCAACAGCAAGACCCCCUUGGCAUCAGUAUGAAGGGGUAGCUGCCAUAUUUAAGAUCGCAAACAGUAAAGAUAUACCUGAAAUCCCAGAUAUUUUUUCUGAGGAAGGGAAAAGUUUCUUGCAGAUGUGCUUAAAACGUGAUCCAGCAGCUCGUGCCUCCGCAAGUCAGUUGAUGGAUCACCCUUUUGUUCAGGACCAUCCAUCAGUAAGAGCAACAAAGUCCAAUCUGAGAAAUGCAUUUUCUGCUCCAGCAGAUGGGAAGCAUACGAUGUCCAACAGGGAUUUCUCAUCAAGGAGAAGUAUUACUCCCCUCAGGGAUAUAGGUGUGAGUGCAAGAGAUUUUACCGGAUUUUCCACUACCGUUUCUUCACCACGUACCUCCAGCAGCCCAAUUCCUGUGAGAACAAACAUGUCUCUUCCUGUGUCCCCGUGCUCUAGCCCACUAAGGCAAUUUAAGCAAUCCAACUGGAGCUGCCUGCCAUCUCCGCCUCACCCAACACUUUCCUCCAGUACUAUGGCUUACAAUUCAUCAGGCUACGGGUUGAAUCAGGCACGACGAAGUCCGGCAGUUUCAGACCCUUGGCAGGAUGCCGGUCCCUUGAAACUUCAGAGUCCCUAUGGUUCUCCAAAAAGGUUCUGAACGUCUUUUGGUGAAGUUCAGCAUGAAAAAUGCUCCCAUGUCACGGUAGAUACUCAGACAUGUUCUGGCAGCAACCUCUUGUAACUUUUUGUUACUCCACGAUCUGAUUUACUGUACAGUCGAAAAGUGUUCCCCAGGAAAGAUGUACAAGGAAGUUCUGUAUAUUUGUAGGUGGCGACCGCUUCCACUAUAUAUCAUGAUGUAAAUUGACACAAAAUCUUAAAAGAAUACAGACUGUAAAUUUGCCGGUUUGCGCAAUCACUU